AAGUGCCCGGUAGGCAGGAAGGGGGUAGAAGUGCCUGUAGGCAGGAAGGGGGUAGAAGUGCCCUGUAGGCAGGAAGGGGAAGUGCCCUGUAGGGGUAGGGGGAAGUGCCCUGUAGGCAGGAAGGGGGUAGAAGUGCCCUGUGGGCAGGAAGGGGGUAGAAGUGCCCUGUGGGCAGGAAGGGGGUAUAAGUGCCCUGUAGGCAGGAAGGGGGGAAGGGGGGGGUAGCAGGAAGGGGGUAUAAGUGCCCGGUAGGCAGGAAGGGGGUAUAAGUGCCCUGUAGGCAGGAAGGGGGUAGAAGUGUCCUGUAGGCAGGAAGGGGGUAUAAGUGUCCUGUAGGCGAGGGGUUAAAG